AUGGCGGCGGCGUUCGAGCGCGCGGCGCAGGAGCUCAAGGCGGCGGGCGCGCAGGGCCGCGUGGCCGUCAACGACGCGCAGAAGCUGCAGCUGUACGCGCUGUUCAAGCAGGCGACGGCGGGCGACUGCGCUGCGGCCGUGCCCAGCGCCUUCCGCGUCGUGGAGCGCGCCAAAUGGUCGAGCUGGCACGAGCUGCGCGGCACGCAGUCGCAGGAGGCCAAGCGCCGCUACGUGCAGCUGCUCUCGCCGCUGCUGUGGUUCGCUGUGGGCUACUCGAUCGUGGUUGCGCUGCGCUCGAGGGUGAGCUACGUAGUGGUUUUUCUACUAAGACGCCGACGCCGAGCACCGGCGGAGUCGGAGCUGAAUGUGUUUCUUCGUGAGCACGGGAUUAAGGUCGUGCGGCAGCCGGAAGCGGGGAAUUCUGUUCCUCGCUUGGUGCUGAGUCUGCCGGAGGACGCUGACGCGUUCCAGUUUGGCGACUGUAAUGCCACAAUUCCAUACACAGUCGAGCAGACGGCGGAUGUGUAUUACCGCAAAUUCAAGGAGCCAUUGCCGGACCCGGCCAGUCGGCUAUUGGAUUCGAUCGAGCUACUUGAAGAGCGCCAAUUGGACGAGUAUUGCGCUGUCUUCAAGCGCCGCCUGCUACGAUUCCGGAAUGAGGCGCCAUCUUUAAUCAAGCGGUUCGCGAGCUCGGACUUCGUCGAGUACAUCGAAGACUCACUACUUGACAAGCAGAAUCGCCUGUUCUACGUGUAUGUCAAGAACGAGUCUUUUCAGUCUCUGGGCGUCCUCGAAGACUUUGCCGUGUACAAAGCACACUCGGAUAAGCCGCACUGGACCGAUCUCCACCAAUUCUGCCGUGUGCACAUCACGAGCUCGUCGCUGUCGUUUUUCCGAUCGAGGAUUGAAGCCUUCAUCUCGAACUUUUACUGCAAGAACGCCCCCGACGCCAGAAGUUACCACCUUCAGCGCAUUGCAGAGGAGUUUGGUGAUCCUGUUGAGUAA